AUGGACACAGGAAACCUUACAAGACUGUCUGAGUUUUUCCUCUUGGGACUGUCCGAGGUACCGGAAUUGCAGGCCCACAUAUUUGGGCUUUUCCUGUUCAUGUACCUGAUCACGGUGCUUGGGAACCUGCUCAUCAUCCUGGCCGUCAGCUCCGACUCCCACCUCCACACCCCCAUGUACUUCUUCCUCUCCAAUCUAUCCUUUGUGGACAUGUGCUUCACCUCCACCAUCAUCCCCAAGAUGCUAGUGAACAUCCAGACCCACAGCCAAGCCAUCACCUAUGCGGGCUGCCUCACGCAAAUGUACUUUUUCAUCCUUUUCACAGGCUUGGAUGAUUUCAUCCUAACCGUGAUGGCUUAUGACCGCUUUGUGGCCAUCUGUCACCCCCUGCACUACUCGGUCAUCAUGAACCCCCGGCUCUGUGGUCUGCUGGUCCUGGGGUCCUGGGUUAUCAGCCACUUGCAUUCUUUGUUGCAGAGUUUAAUGGUCUUGCGCCUGUCCUUCUGCACGGAUUUGGAGAUCCCCCACUUUUUCUGUGAGCUUAAACAGAUGGUGCAACUGGCCUGUUCGGACACGCUUCUGAAUAACUUGGUGAUGUACAUCGCGGCUGUGAUUCUGGCGGGGGGUCCCCUCGCUGGGAUCCUUUACUCCUACUCAAAGAUUGUCUCCUCCAUCCUAAGAAUCUCCUCAGCUCAGGGGAAGUUUAAAGCCUUUUCUACCUGUGCAUCUCACCUGUCUGUAGUCUCCUUGUUUUAUUGCACACUCCUAGGGGUGUACCUGGUCUCUGCCGUGACCCCGAGCUCUCACUCCAGUGCCAUACCCUCCGUGAUGUACACGGUGGUCACCCCCAUGCUGAACCCGUUCAUCUACAGUCUCCGGAACAAAGACCUGAAGGGGGCCCUGAGAAGACUCUUUCGCAGGACCACUUAA